AUGAUCCCAUUGAUCCCAUUCCUCCUGCCGCUGACAUGCCGACCAUCGGAAAUCACCGUUGUCAAGCUCGCGUGGCAAGAUCACACGUCCAAGAUCCACCGAUCUGACACCUCUUGGGGAAUGACCCCCAGAGGCCAAUUCCUACCAGCCAAAGAAUUGGCCUCUGAGGCCUUCUGUCACUCAGGAGUCAGAAGCGUCAGGCCUGAGGUGCUGCGCUGA